CACAGUCAUACACUGAUGGCAGAGGGUGCUGUGCUAACAGUCCAUCAGUAUCAUGUGAUCCCAUUCACAGGCAUUCACAGACGCCUGGCUAUACCACUGGAAAUAAUUUGGGGUUCAGUGUCUUUCUGAAAAACAUUUCAGCAUGUGGACUGCAGAAGUUAGGAUAGAACGCCAACUCUCCAAUUGAGCAACUUUACCACAGAAACUACCACCCUAAAGGGGCUUGUAUUUUCAAGCCUCCUAAUGUGGUACAAAAUGAUGUCCGACAUCAGAGGAAAGAAGUGCACACCUUUGACACGACGACUGAUUCUUUGGCUUUUACUGAUCAACAUCAUGCUGGUGCUGUACAGCUUGACGAACCCAACAGACCUGAACAGAAGGGACUCUGAAGAAGACACGUGCCCCCUCCGAAUGGGAAAGUUGUCAAAGAGGAAUGUGACUUCCAAAAGCAUGCAAUCCCAAUCAGAAAGGUGCUCCCCCAAAGUGAACAUCAUGUUCAUGAAGACACAUAAAACUGCUAGCAGCACCGUGCUCAACAUCCUCUUCAGAUUUGGAGACAAGCACAGGCUUAAAUUCGCCUUCCCUGACGGACGCAAUGACUUCUUCUACCCUUCACCUUUCCUGUGCUCCCAGGUGAAGGACUACAGGCCUGGUGACUGUUUCAACAUCGUUUGUAACCACAUGCGCUUCAAUCACCAGGAAGUAGCCAAGCUCCUGCCUCCAGAUGCUGUGUACAUCACUAUCCUAAGAGACCCCGUAGAUCUCUUUGAGUCGUCCUUCCAUUAUUACCACAGGGCGGUUCCUCUCACAUGGAGGAUCAACGGAGAUAACAAACUGGCAGAAUUUCUGAACAACCCUCGAACCUACUACAGCCCAGAUGCUUUCAAUGCGUUCUAUCUUAGAAAUCUGCUCUUUUUUGACUUUGGUUUUGAAAACAACCUGGAUGCGGAUGAUCCUCGUGUGAUAAGGGAUAUUCAUCACUUAUCAAGACAUUUGGAUUUGGUUCUUAUAGCAGAAUACUUUGAAGAGUCACUUAUUCUGCUUAAGGACAAACUAUGUUGGACAAUGGAGGACAUCAUGUAUUUUAAACUCAACGCUCGUAAGAGCUCAUCUGUAUCUAAGCUGAGCACUGAGUUGAGAGCCAAAGCUUUAAGUUGGAAUGGGGCAGACUGGAAACUCUACCAGCACUUCAACACCACCUUCUGGGCCAAAGUGGAAGUGUUUGGGAAAGAAAGAAUGAGACAGGAAGUAAAGGAGCUCAGGAGGAGGAAUGCUGAAAUGAAGGCAAUCUGUAUCGAGGAUGGAGGUGCAGUUGAAGCCCAAAAGAUUCAGGACAGGCGGUUCCUUCCGUGGCAGCCGGUUGGAGAGUCGUCCAUUCUGGGAUACAACAUGAAGAAACAUAUGGAUCUCAAAUUCAGGACGAUCUGUGAGAAAAUGCUCACACCUGAAAUACAAUACCUAUCAGAUCUGGGUGUUAGCUUGUGGCUUACUCGACUGUGGGGCUGGCUCAAAGAUUCUGUUUUCUACAGUGUUACUUGGAUAAGGACAUUACAACUUAAUUAAUCCUUUUAAUAAACGUAUGUACAUAAUGCUUACUUGAAACUAAUGUUUUACACUUGAUUAAGUUGUCUUGAUGCAUCAAUAUUAUUAAUUUAAUUUAAUUUAUGUCACCUGGUUGCUAAUUCCCCCAUUUGCUGCAUGGAGGAUGUUGCAUCCAGAAGAUGAAACUUCUGCAAAAUAUGCCGUCAGGUAGAUAAGAGGUCUCUUUAACAAUCAACUGCAGCUAUUUAUAAAAUAUCUUCAAUGCAUGACUGAUAUACAGUAAAGCCUCUGGAACUUUAUUCUUUAAAGGACUUGUUUAAGCCACUUGAGUAGGACCUUACUCUUUGUUGAAAGCAUUUGAUUUCUAUUUUUU